UCUCCUAAGGUUCUAGGAUUUGCAUCAGUAGCUGAAAUAGUCGGGGUAGCUUGCGUCGCAAUUUCUGUUCGAAUCGGACUACGAAAGAGACUGAGAUGA